AGCGCUGUGGGUCAGGCUGGUCCACAAAGAGCGGUGCCCCACCGGCAACCUGAGCACCUGGGCGGGUUUUACCCCAAAAAUAACUAACACAAAUGGGCCCCGUCGCCUAACAUUUAGCCCACCUAACACCGUCGACCAGCUGUGACUUCAUCCAUCUGCAGCUUCACAUUUUAAAGGUAUUCCAUCUUUUCCACGGUUGACACUUGAAGAUUAGGGAAAAAUGGCAGCAAUUCCAUCAGGCGGCUCCCUUGUUGCCACCCAUGACUACUACCGAAGGCGCAUAGGAUCUACUUCCAGCAACAGUUCCUGUGGCAGUUCGGAGUACACUGGGGAAGUCAUUCCGCACCACCCAGCUCUACCAAGGCAAGACUCAGGCCACUGGUGGUCCAGUUUCUUUUUUGGGAAACAGAAUCAGAUAGGAACCCCUAAUGGAUUCGACGCCCAACAGAAGACUGGAACCUACACAGUGACUAAUGGUCAGGUGACCUGCAUAGCCCGCGAGAUGGUGAUGAAGAGGCAGCUAAGCGAAAGCAGCGACUCUGGCAAGCCAGAGCUCACCACGCCCCCAGCCUCUUAGUCCCUGCCCACUUAGAGAACUUCAUCCUUCACCCCCACCCAGAGUCACCGACGUAGACGCAGGCGUUUGUUUUUUUUGUACUUUUAGUAGAGUGAGGCUGCCUUCAUGUUGUUUCUAAUGCUACCUUUUACUAACGACCAAAACUGUUUCAUAAAAGCCAAAAAAGAGGCGUGCUAUUCCCACGCGGCUAUGGCCAUUUGUUACUGUGUGCACUAUAUCAUCAACAUAUUGUUUGCUGCUGAAUAAAAGUUUGCAGCCUGUAACAA